UGUACUCUGUUUGUCCUGUAGGUUCAACAUGGAGGAGGCUGACCUGCUGAAGGAGAGGCUCCAGGCCAUCACGGACAAAAGGAGAAUCCAAGAGGACAUUGCCAAGAAAAGGAGACAGAUUGAGGAGGAGAAAUUGAAACUCCAGUACAUAAAGAAAAAAGCCCUGAGGGAGCAGUGGCUGAUGGAUGGCCUGAGUCAGCAGUCGGAGCAGGAACAAGAGGCCAUGAGGCUUCAGGCUCAGGACGAACAGCAGCAGAGUGAUCAGCUGCAGAGCAACAUCCUCAGAAUAGAAAAGGAGAUUAUGGCCUUGGAAGCACAGGAGCUCGACAUCUCUGCCAAUGAAGAAGUAGUUCUUAAGCGGUUGAAAGAGGUGGAGAGGACCGCUGAAGACAUUAUCAAGGAGCUAAACGCAGAGUUCCAGGCAGAUGUGACACAUCAUGUCUCUUCACCACUCCCAGAUAUUUCAUCAUUCAUCCCACUGACACCUGCAGAAACCCGCCCUAUAUGUAAGCCUGGUAGUGAAGAACCAAAGAAAGCUACAUUUGCAAUGGAGAUCAGUGUGGAGCAUGAUAAGAGAACAGGCAAAAGUCAAGUAAUCUCUACAGCAUCCAUCACCCCCGAAACCAUCCAGGAGAGGGGGUUAAAAGUGUACGAAGAUGGGCGCAAGUCAGUAUAUGCGCUGCACCCAGACGGAGGCAAAAUGCACUGUGGAGCAGUUGGAGAGAUGACACACACAGAGGUAGAAGAGCUGCUACGUCAGGCCACAGAAGAGAAUGUGCCCACUGAGGUUCAUUACCAUCAGCCUGUCUACUCUGUACCCUACACAGGGAACAGUAGGCCUUCAACUCCCAGGAUGCCGAAUAAAACUCAAAGGCAAACCCCGACAUCCAGUCCCAGCCCCUUCCAGAGCAUGAUCCCAUCCAGAAAUGGACCUCAAGUCUUCAGAGAGGAAAACCAGCACAGACAAGAACAGGAGGGAUGGAAAGCUCAGAGCAAAACACCUAGCCCUAGCCUCAUCCAACAAGACUCCAUGUCAAGAGUCAAAAAAUCUGGAGAAGAAACCAAGCUGCCCAACUUCCACAUUCCAGGACAAUCUAAGAGUGACAACCAUCUAAUCCCACAGCCUGACUUUGGUGCUAAAACUCCACAAGGACUCACCAAUGGCAAGACAGAUACAAGCAGUCCAAAUCCAGCAGCUCUGGUCUCAGUUAAAGCCAGGUCUGAAGGAAUGCCAGCACCCAUGCAACCAGUCUACAGGGCUGUGGAUAGCCAUAGUCCUUUUCAGUCCCACAAGUCUGAUGGUGAUCCUGAUGCCUUGAUAGAGAGUUCAGUGGAUUUUAACAGACACUCGCCCUACUGUGCAGAGAGUAACGCCUCUCUGAACUUGCCAGAUGAGCUAGAAUCAGAACCUGUCACCAUGAUCUUCAUGGGCUACGAGAACGCUGCGGACGAAGAGGAAGAUGACAUCCAGGCUGAACUGGUCAUCAUAGCUAAUAGUGAUGAUGAUGAUGAUGAUGGUGGUGGUGGUGGUGGUGAGGCCCAGUCUGUUAAAAAUGAAAGUGAGGGGGAUGAAUGUCUUUCAUACCACCCAGAGGGAUACAAGAGCAAAGUCUUCCAACCUAAAGUGGGUAUAGCCAAGGUUACAGGCUGCAGAGACAUUACUGAAGACACCAACACACACUGGGAUGAUUUGGAGCUCCACAAGCCAACAUUCAUCCACAAGCCUGGAAAGCACAGUCCCUACCUGCAGGGACAAAGGGGGAAUGAGUCGGCAAACACAGGGAGCAUCAAUAUGGAGAAGAUGAAGCUGUGCUCAACAGGAAGAUAAGACAGAACUUCACCAGCUGCUGAGAAACUGGGUCACUGAAGAAUGUGGGAAUGGAAUUUGUUCUGGUUUCUUUUUUCUAUCUUUCUUGUCCUUCACCAUGUUUUUCCAUUUGGCUUAUAGAUUAGAACAUAUCUUUUGUGUGAAUGCAUAACCUCCAAUCCAUCUCUCAGCCUUACACCAGGUGCCAUUCUUAUUUUCUUAUGCAAUAAAAAGACAACAACUUU